AUGUCGGAUAACUCAUCAUCGACCACUUUCAGUUUUGUUUUCUAUUACUAUUCGCCAUCAAGUGCGGCUGCGGGUAUUUUUCUCGUCUUGUUUGGUCUGAGCAGUGUUCUGCACUUCUAUCAACUCGUGCGGACACGAACAUGGUUCAUGAUUGCCUUCUUGAUUGGAGGACUAAUGGAAACCGUCGGUUAUGUCGGUCGCUUACUUUCCUCCUUCCAAACCCCCAACUUCACCAAAGGUCCCUACAUUAUCCAAAGUGCCCUGCUUUUGAUCGCUCCAGCCUUCUUUGCUGCGAGUAUCUACAUGACGCUAGGUCGCAUUAUCCAAAUGAUGGAUGGGGAGAAGUGCUCGGUCAUUAAGCCCAGGUGGUUGACCAAGAUCUUUGUGAUUGGAGAUGUUUUGUCUUUCUUGAUGCAAGCUUCUGGAGCGGGACUUAUGGUCACCAGCAAGAGCGGCGUAAACACCGGCGAGAACGUUAUCAUUGGCGGUCUCUUUGUGCAGAUCGUCUUCUUCGGCUUUUUCGUCAUCACCGCUGCUUUGUUCCAGAUGAGAACCACUAAGACCCCGUCAGCUCGAUCUAUGGAGUUAAAAGUCGUGUGGAAUCGCCACAUGAGUGCCCUUUAUGUCGCCAGUGUUCUCAUCCUGGUCCGAUCGGUCGUUCGUGUGGUCGAGUAUAUCGAGGGAUACCAGGGAUUCCUCAUGAAGCAUGAGGUCUUUAUCUAUGUCUUUGACGCUUUGCUCAUGUUCGCUGUGAUGCUGGUUCUUCACUAUGCGCACCCCAGCGAGAUCAACUGCUUGGUGGGCCGUGGUGAUAAGUAUUCAGUCAAGGUUUUCAAGACACGAAAUUUUGUUUUUUGCUCCGCCCUGGAGAUGCCGGUAGAGGCGGUCAAUACCAAGGUUUGA